AAUUUUUCAUAAGUCUUUUUAUAUAUAGAAAAGAUUACGAUACGUGAUUAUUUCAUAAGUCUUAUUUUAUAAAUUAAUUUAUUUAUAAAAAUAAAAGACUUGAUGGAAUGGAGUAAAUUAGCGAAAAAUAAAAAGGUGACGUUCUGUAUUAUAUUAUUAUCGUACAAUGCAUUAUCUGUGAUUGUACAUAUUAUUAUAAUAUCGAGAUAUAAUUCUGGAUAUAGACACCCUCAGAAUCAGUUUCGCGCUCCGCGACGCGUUCCCGCGUUCCGUUUGCCGCAGUGAGACUUUCACUCCUUUUCCCCGUCUUGGAGCAGUUCGGUAUAAAUAGACGUAGUAGACAUCGCAGAAUCGUAUAUUCACCCAAGACACGUUUCGGCGUUUUGGCGCAGUAAUUGGCGAGUAAAUGACGAUGAGAUAAAAUACAUAAUGAUAAAUCAAUGAUCGGACGAAUUAUUUCAUUCCUUCAAGAACCCUCCUUUUGCCUUUUUUUUUACGCUGUCUACAUAUCUUUGCAAGUUAUACGCGUACAUUUUAAUAAUAAACAAUUUAUUAUGCGCGUUCUAAAGAUAAAAUGUGUCGCGUUCUGAUUCUUCCGAUUCUGAUUUCGCAUGAGGAAUAUCCUUUUAAAUUCUUUCCUUUCGCACGCGGAAGCAGGAAGCGAUGGAGCUUAUAUUGAACGCGACGUGUUAUCUCGCGAUGUAAAUGGCGGAAUUUGGUCUCUUUGGUGAACUCGUGUUCGCGUUUACGACGUGACACGCGUGCGAUUCGCCAAUCGCGCCGGUGAUUUGCAACUUUCGAUUUGUAUAGGCCAUUAAGGAGAGAAAAAUGGCGAAAAUGGAAGAAAAAUGAUAAAAUUCGAUAUCCCUUGCGUAACCGACGAAUGUUAUGCGAUAACUAGGUGAGUCGAGCUUAUCGUCGGGCCGCAAAAUACCGCGAUAUUCGAUCAAUACCGUCAGAUAUAUUCGACGGGCGUCAUGCACACACGCAAAUGUACAUCACGUUGCAAGGGAUGUUUGGCGGUUUAACCGCGCCGCCGGCCGAAUGAGAAAAAUGGAAAGGACGAUUCUAAACGGAGAUGGGAAUAGGGAAGGCACCCGUUGGCACAUGUAUAGACGGACCCGAGAGGGGGAUUGAAGGAGGAACGAUGGCGCAGACAACAACGAGGACCUGGUGUUUUACGAUUUGUUUGCACAACGAAGAAAUGGCUAGUAUUGGAAAAAAAUUACUUUUACGCGAUUUCAAUCCACAUUUAAUCUGUCCAUUAUGCCGGGGCUACCUCAUUGAUGCCACAACCGUGGUGGAGUGUUUGCACUCUUUUUGCAGAAGCUGCAUCUUGAAAUAUCUCAAUACUGCAGCGCAUUGUCCAUCGUGCAAACAUGCGAUCAACAAGGCUAAACCAAAUAUCAAAGCUGACAAGACGCUACAAGAGAUUGUAUAUAAAUUGGUGCCGGGAUUAUAUCAUAGAGAAAUGCUAAAGAGGAAGGAAUUUUACAAGAAGCAUCCGGAACAUGCAAACUCGGCUACACCGGAGCAACGCGGCGAGGGUGUAAGUGGAUGUUUAAUGUUCAAUCCGGAAGAUGUAGUGAGUUUGAGCUUGGAGUAUCUACCGCCAGGAGCAGAUCCAUUGGUUAUAUUGAACGUUAACGACAUGGACACAAACAAUUCGAGCAACGUCCAUAGUAACAAUACUAACAAUAAUAACAAUAAUUAUAAUAUCGCUAACAGAAGAUAUUUGCAAUGUCCGGCCUUGGUAACUGUCGCACACUUGAAGAAAUUCAUAGCGAUGAAAUAUAGUGUUGAUAUAACGAGGUAUACUAUCGAGAUACAUCAUCGACGUGCAACACUUCCCGAACAUUGGACUCUCAUGGAUGUUGCUUAUAUUUAUGCAUGGAAAAGGAUUGCACCGAUGAGGUUUUUCUAUCGAGUAGCGCAAGAAGAACAAAGACUCGAAGCACCGUUGCAUCAAAGACCGUCGACUCCAGGACUCGGAGCUCGAGACUGUUUGCCAUCGACUGAAACGCAGAACGACAGUAAUUUAGAAAACAAUCCCGUUAGCCAUCCAGCAACUUCUAGAUCAGAGAUUAAGUCUGUAAGAACUAAUGUUGAAAUAGCAUUGGCAAAAGAUUUGAAUAAAGUUGCCAACAACGAUACAAGUUUGCCCAUGGAUCGCAAACAAAUGAUGACAGUAGAGAAAAACGAAGCAAAUAAAAUGGUGACGACUGUGUCGACAACGUCAUCAACGUUAACAAAUGCUACGAAAAUGUCGACAACUACGACAGUAACGAAUGCAUCUCCUUCAUCAAGAAUGAAUACAUCUUCCUCAACAGGAAUGAAUGUGUCUCCUUCAUCAAACGCAUUUUCUUUAUUAGGAACAAAUACAUAUGCCUCAGGAAUGAACGCAUCAGGAGUAAAUGCGUCUCCUUCAUCAGAAAUGAAUACAUCUUUAUCAGGGAUGAAUAUGUCUCCCUCGACAGCAUGCAAUGAUUCAAACAAACAAAUAAAGAGCCCGAUUAAAAUAUUGAAGAAUUCAGAUGGAAGAUACGAAGUAUUAAAAAAUACGUCCACUGUUUCUAUAACGGAUGCCAAGAAUCCUACAAAUUCCGAGUUUAGUGUCGUGAAUUCUAAUGGUGUGAAAAUAACGCUAAAGCAGUGUUCGCCGCCGCAGAGUAGCAGCGCGAAAAAGCCAAAAAUCAUCAGUAAUGUCCUAUUGCGUUGCGGACAAAUGGAAAAAGAUGUAUCGUCACCGUCGAACGCGUUGAUUCAGCAAUUACAACGAGACAAAGAGAAAUUUUCUGUGACAAAGUCGAUAUUGCCGAAUAAACAGGAGAAACAACGACGUAAAGUAACCUUCGUAGAUCGAUCUUUAAUAUCUGAGAAGACCCCUCCCGCUACUGGUGUUACUAUACCGAAAACGGCACUGAAGAAACCAGCGGAGCAACAGGACAAGAAGCAAUUCUUACAAAGCUUCCAAUUGACUGCUAGAGAACCAUCGAUGCUGGACGAUAAUAAAUUGAAGUCUCCCGUUCGAGACAUUAGUGUUGCGAUGAACACCGCUAAAUCUCUUUCAAAGAACAAUGCAAUGCCAAAGAUGGAAGAAUUCUCUAAGAAAGACACCGACGAAGUCAAGAAGAAGAGUAACAUCGAGAAUACUGGCUCUAAUGCAAACGGCAGCACCCUCGCAAAACGCAUCGCUGAGGUUUCUGCCAACGCACGAACAUACACAAACAAAAUCGACGAUACGACGGAUGGACGAUUGUCUAAUUCGAGAACGGGUCCAAACAGUAUGAAUAUUGCAAGCGGCAAUCAUAUCGGUAAAAUGGAUGUAUACGCUUUCUCCAGCGAUCCGUCAAUUGUUCCAGCCGGGGCAGUUAAAAGAAAGUGUCCUCCGGGUGUACCAAUCACCGAUCUGAAGCGGCGAAAAACGCCACAGACCGCGCAAAGGCAAGAGACUAAUAAGAGACAAAAUGUUUCUCUUUAUAAUCCUGUUGUUAAGCUAACGCGUACUUUUUCCAUGGAGCAUGUAGUUUCUACGAGUAGAGCGAGUAUAGUAGGAAAUCAUGAUUCUGGAUCGAGUCACGUAUCCAACAUGAACAACGUAAAUAACCUGAAUAAAGUAUCGACCGGUUCGUUGAUUUCCAACGAUACUAGAGAUCUACUAGUAGACGGCUAUGGCUUAAAUAUUCCGGCAAGUUUGAGCAUAACGCUGACCUCGCCCAAGUCUCCGGGAUCUUCCGGGCAAUUCAUUGAAUCUAACGAUCCCAAUGACAACAUUCGGAAGGCCGCGUUAGGCAAAGUGAAUCCCAGUAUUACGUUGAAUGAUUGUUCGGUCGAUCCGCGUGUGUUGAAAGCUCUUAAGACGGGGCAAAUCAGAAUGUCAACACCACCGAAAUCUAAAUCGAUGGCAACGGCAGCAACGAAACAGACAAUAACAUCAGUGGCGAGUGAUCGUGGAGAAGCGGCGAAUCAACGUGCGGCAACCAGUAAACGGAAGAAAGAACAUGAAUCAUCCAAGGAAAUUCUGGAUUUGAGUGGAGGUAAUAAGAAGACAGACAUACAUCCUUUGAGAAUUCCACAACCGGUGACGAAACUUAACAAGACUAAUAAAAUUACGACAGGCAGAGAUAACAUGCAAUCAGGAAAUAUUUCCGAACAAGGUCAAGUGGUGACGCUCGUAAGCGGUCACAAAUAUUAUCGGGCACCGCCGGGUUGUUUGACACCCGCCGCUCAUCGUGUCAACGAUUAUUCGAUACCGUCAUCGCCAUCGCGUACCCCUGUCUAUGCGCCGUCUUUCAGUAACAUCAACCGAUCAAACUCAGAUAUUUCGUCCGUCUUUCCAACCCUGUCAACUUUUUUCGGUCUCAAUCAAGCUCCGAAUCUUCAACACUUUCAGAUGGACGCAGCACGGCAUAGAUUACCACCGCGAUCUGUUGCGGAAAGCGGAACGUCCGCGAUUGGAAACAGUGACAAUGUUAAUCAUAACAUUAGUUGCAUAUCGGGGAAGAGUCAUCUGGCUGCUCAGUGUACACCCAUUAAGCCUGCGAGAUCUUCCGUAGCGCCUUUGGCGGUUCCUAUUAACAAGCAGCAACCCAUUGAAAAAUCUAUGAACAUUAGCGUCAAUCGGACGAGCCCGGCCGAUACGAAUAAGCUUCCAACUUUUCGUAACAACGAAGCUCUCGAGUCUACGGAUGAAACUUGUCAUGUUCAAAGGAGAUAUUCUUUGAAUAUUGAAAAUAUGAAUAAUAGAUUCUUAUCACGAAACGAAUGCGCAAAGAAUAAUAACCAAGUCACCAAUGAGACCACUAAGGAAUCGGGUAUUGAAUUCAGAAACAACUCGAAUAUUACUGAUAAUUCUGUGCAGCAACAGUGGGAGCAACAACAUCGCGAGGUAACGAGUCCCAAUAUCGUAUCAUCUACAGCUUCACCGCCGCCAUCACCACCACCCAAUAACGAUGUAAACGCGAGAAAUGACGCUAAAAAUAGUGGCACUAAUAUCAGCAGCAACGAUUCAAACGAAAAUACACAUACGACGUCUGGUCAAACAAAAAGUGUCAGCUUCGAGAUGAUGUGCAACAAAUCGCCAGAUAGUCCAGACUCCAGUUCGAUUAUAGUAGAGAGUAAUUCAGAAAUGAACAAGAAUUCGACUGAUCGGAAAAUGCCAACUGACUCCCAGACGUCGUCGAAUACGGCGAAGUCCUCGGAAUUAAUCGUGAAUCUAAAUGACAGUACUGUUGAUGAUUCAUCUAUCACUGGCGAUAAGAACAAUUUUUCCAACAAAUCGGAAAUAAAUGAAAUCGCGAAACACUUCAACUCUGUGCAGAAAAAAUUGCUAGCGGUUUUUCCUUCGACUGAAUGGGCGAACAAUCCUAUAGCUGCUGAACAUUUGGGAAAUUUUCUCAAGAGUUUGAACGUCACGAUUGAGAACGAGGAAUUCAUCGAGAAAUCUAAAGUGGAGAAAGUCGAUCAGAAGGCCAUUAGUAAUGACGAUAAUAAAAAUCGGUAAUACAACGUCUUGAUGAUAUCGAAGUAUUUACCAAAAUAAUUUUUGAAAGUUCAAGAUUAACACUUGAAAAUAAACAAGAUCUUACGAUACUGCAAAAAACGAUACGUAUACGUGAUAUUUAAGAUCUGUGUAACAACAGGAUUUUAUAAUUUUGAUGUAGAUUUUCAGUCUCUUUCGUCUUAAUUGAGUGUAGACUGAAGAUUUUAGUGAAUCUUAUCUAAUUCUUAUGCGCGAAAAACAAUGCUAAGAAGAAAAAUUUGUGGCAUGCCGAGCAUAGAUAAACUCUAAGACACUGCCACAAAUCGAACGAUACAUAGAUUUCUAAUUGAAGUGCAUACAGGUAUUAUAACUCACUGUAAGUGCGAGAAGAGAAUCUUGCAGAGAAAAACAAUAUUAUGUUACAUAAUAUACAUAUAUUAUACACGAAAUACAUAGUGUAAAGAGCAGUAGACCGAGAAUCUUAUUUUUUAAAUUUUUUAAAAAUAAUCUUUUACACAUUGGAUGAUCUAUACACAAAGUGACCUAUACGGAUUAUAUAGACUAUUGGUCCGAAAACUUAUAACAUUCCGGAAAA